AGCAGGGGGAAAGUUGCGUCCGGGAGGCUCUCCGCGACCCCCGCCGCCCCGCACGGAGGGGUGGGCCGCCGCCGAGCGGCUCGGUUCGGGGCGCCGUGCGUCGGCUGCUGGCAUUGUGUUUCCCUUCUCCUCCUCCGCUUGUGGUGAAGUUAGCCCGGGGCUGAAGCACGAGCUCCACUCGAGUUCAUAACAGGCUGACGAACAAGCGAACAAGCCUGUUAUUAAAGUUAAUAGCUGCUAAUUACCCCUCACUGUGGGUUAAAAGACGCGUUUUCUGCGAAUGCGACGCACAGGACGGAUUUGGAUAGAUGUGUUAGUUAUUGAUGUGACUGAAGGAAACAACAGAAUCACUGUAACGGUACUGUAAAAAAAAGGAUCCCGCCAUGUCCGGACCCACGUGGCUGCCUCCGCGGACUCUGGACAGUCCGGAACGAGCCGUCCCCCAGAUGUCCCACUCUGCAGGGGCGCCGAUUUACCGAGCCCCCAACAAGAAGGGCAUGUCCGACUUCAGGCCAAAAUAUGGUCCCUAUGACCAGAACGGAGGAGGAGGAGGAGGAGGGGGGAUGGCGGCGGCCAAUCGGUACAUGGCAACUGGGCCCACGGGGGGGCCCAUCCAUCAUUCGUCUGGUGAUCACUAUUAUCCUCCUCACGGUUCCAAAGAAGACCGCACCUGGAGCCCUCACAUGGACAGCUACGAGCUCAUGCACCGCGGGCCCGAGAAGCCUCCGAGCUACCACUCCAAAAUCGACGCCGACAUCGACUCGCUCACCAGUAUGCUGGCGGACCUGGACAGCCAGCCGCAGGAGUCCAGCACUCAGCUCUACGACAACGUGCCUUACAAUAAGUACCUCUCAGGGGAUCACUACAAGCCUGUGCAUCAGAGCGCGGCGCCCCCUCAGGGUCGGCCCGCCGUGGGCUACAGCCAGUACCACCCGGCGCCGCCGUACCCCAGCGAGCACCACGCGCCGCAGUACCCCGCCCCGCACCAGCAGGACUACUACCCCAGCUCCGCCCCGAAGCCCUACCCGCAGCCCGUCCCCGCCUCCUACACCACCGCCUCCACCCCCACCGGGCCCCGGUUCAGCGUCCAGGUCAAGACGGCGCAGCCCGUCACGUACUCGCAGACGGGCAGGCAGGCGGAGCAGGCGUACACCCCGCCCCCUCCCCGCCAGCACGUGUCCCGACCCCCGUCCCAGACCCAGGCGGGCCCCCAGGGCUGGUACCCCGCGCACCCCGGCCCGCAGGCUCAGGAGAUGCACUCCGACGGGGGCUACAAGGGGGGCGGCGGCGCCGGGCCCGGAGGAAGAGUCAGCCAGGUUCCGGUGUCCAAGAAAGGGAUGGAGAACAGCCAGACGUCGGCGGGACCGGCACAGAGUCCCGCCUAUCAGCUGAGCAUGCAGGGGGCAGCAACAACCAGGCCCGAGGAGGAGCUGGACCGCCUCACCAAGAAGCUGGUGUACGACAUGAAUCACCCCCCCGCGGAGGAGUACUUUGGCCGCUGCGCUCGCUGCGGCGACAACGUGGUGGGCGACGGCAGCGGCUGCAUCGCCAUGGAGCAGGUGUUCCACGUGGAGUGCUUCACGUGCAUCACCUGCCACGCCCGCCUGCGAGGGCAGCCCUUCUACGCCCUCGACAAGAAGAGCUACUGCGAGAGCUGCUACAUCAGCACGCUGGAGCGCUGCUCCAAGUGCUCCAAGCCCAUCCUGGACCGCAUCCUGCGGGCCAUGGGGAAGGCCUACCACCCUCGCUGUUUCACGUGCGUCGUCUGUAACUGCUGCCUGGACGGCGUGCCGUUCACCGUGGACGCCACGUCGCAGAUCCACUGCAUAGACGACUUCCACCGGAAAUACGCGCCGCGCUGCUCCGUGUGCGGCGAGCCCAUCAUGCCCGAGCCGGGGCAGGAGGAGACCGUCAGGAUCGUAGCUCUGGACCGCAGCUUCCAUGUCAACUGUUACAUCUGUGAGGAGUGCGGCCUCCUGCUGUCGUCCGAAGGCGAAGGUCGGGGCUGCUACCCGCUGGACGGCCACAUUCUGUGCAAGAGCUGCAGCGCCCGCCGCAUCCAGGACCUCUCGGCCAAGAUCUCCACGGACUGCUAGCAGAUCCGCCGGGCGUCCGACCAGACCUCUACCCUGGUCAGACUCCUCCGCGAUGAGCUGUGUUGGUCUUUUUUUUUUGCAGCUGCAGUUUCUCUCUGUUACACAUUUGGACUGAAACUUUGUGACAGAGGCGUUUUCUCAUUCAGAUAUUCAGUUUUUUUGUCUUUUUUUUUUUUUUUUUACACGAAGCACAGUAUUAGUGGUCUAACCUGCAGGCAGCUUGGGCUCCACUUUCCACGAAUGCACGGCGGUACUUUCCCCCACCAGACGUCAUCUCCAAUAAUUCAUCGCAGAUGAAGGCGGCGGCUCUCACGCACGCUUACGAGAGCGGAGGGUUUCCUGCGCUGAGCCGCCUCUCAGACGAACGGCACGUUACCAAACCGGGCUGGUUGGCUCGCGGCAAUAAAAAAAAACAAAACAAAACAAAACUGCGCCCGGCGGUUCUGGAACUCAUGUAGCCUUUUAGCGGAGUGGAAG